AUGAACACUGACUCACUUGAAGCUCAUUGGUUUGAACCACGAUCCUCAACUACAAUGAAGGGCUGGUCCUUGGUACUAGCAGCUCUUGCUUUCACACUGUUGCUGCUGUCAUCAUCAGAGGCCAAAGCUGAGGUUAACUCUUUGCCACUCAGAGUGAGGUCAUCUUCUCACCAAGCUCUGAAAGAUUUGCGGGGCCAUGGAAAAGAUCUUGCAAAGCAGGUGGAGUCAUGUUUCCGAGCAAUUCCCCCAAGCAAUUCAAAUCCAACUCAAAACAAGAUAAACAAGAGGCGAGCCUCCUUCCACCGUGUUCGUUGUCGCUGCUUCAUCAUCGAUCCAUCCACUCCAACGUGUCCCUCUACCCAGAGUUUUCACUUUUUCCAGUUACACUUACAAACAAACCAACACCAUAACAUAACGAUACAACCGAAGAAGAAGAUCGCAAUCGCAAUUCCCAAUCCUCUCUCAUAG